AUGAAAGCUCAGGAGAGGAGCAUUUCCGUGUAUGCGCACCAGUGCGGGGCGGGACUGCCGGCAUCCUCUUCUUGGCGGCCACUUUUUCCUUCAGCUACUUUGGAGUUUGUUCAGCCCUUGAGUGCAGUCCCCCGAGCCCAGGGUCCGGACGGGCUCGAGGAGGCUCGAGGGGGGCGUUGUCCCCACUCCGCAGAGGCGGGUCUGAGCCUCGGCGGCGCCCGGAGAGACCACACCUGGGCCGGGAGAGCGACCUCAUCGCUCCCGCUCCAACCCCAGCGGCCGCCCGCCGGCCCCGGCCCGCUCCGCUCACAGCCUGUGAUGGCGGCGGCCGCGCCCCCGGCCCAGGCCCAGGGAUGUGUGAAUUUUGAGGACGUGGCCAUUUACUUCUCCCAGGAGGAAUGGGGGCUCCUUGAUGAGACUCAGAGGCUCCUGUACCAUGAUGUGAUGCUGGAGAACUUUGCAAUUAUAACAUCACUGGGUAAGGCCCUCACACCCACCUGUGUCCUGAGCUGGUCUCUGCCUUUCUACUUUUCCCCAGAGGCAGCUCUGUCCUUUUCACAGUGAGAUCAUGGGCUCUGCUAACUUUCCACCACAUUCUUGGCAUACACGCUGUGGGUGCCAGGGCUGAGCUCUGUGCACUGCCCUGAGCAGCCCUAAUGCCUGCUGCUCCAGCAUGUGCAGGGAAGAGUCCAGGAGUCUUACAGUCAGCCUAAGGGAUCUCAUCUAGUUUGCCCUGUCCCUGGUAGGAUGACUGCCAAUAGACCCAUGGCAUCCCUGAGUCCCAGAUGCUGCUUCCUCUAACUGACCUUUCCUUAUGGCUGUUUGU